AUGCCCGCCCUAGACAGCCCCGGGCUGAUCUUUUGCGGCAGGGACGACGGCACCAUCGUGCUUUACGACCGCAGAACGGCAACCCAGAUACGAAAGCUACAUGGCCACAAAUCCGCCGUCCGGCUCAUGGCGUGGUGCGGACGCAGGAACUGUCUGCUCAGCGUCGACGCGUGGGGCAGCAUCAUCCUGCAACACUACGCCGGGGAUAGGGUCGGGCAAACCACUCCAACUGUGCUCUUCCAGACGCGCCUACCGUCGGGCAAGGUAGUGGCUGGCAUGCUUGUGGCGGACGCGGCGGGAAAUUUUAUCCUGUCGACGGCCGUGGCAGACCACAUUUUUAACCUUGAGGACGGCAGGCUGGAGUGCGAUCUAGUUCCUCGAGACGGCGAGGCGGCAUUGGCUACGCGCAAGUGGAUCUUGGACCCUCGCGCACCUGUCACUCACGUGCUUUGCGUCGAGGAGAGCUGCGUACGGGUCCACGCAUGGGCUGGCGGGUGUGCUGAAGUCGCCAGGUUCUCCCUGGCACAGCUCAUGAGGCCCGCAGAAAGAGAUAGUGGCGCUCCUGUCACCCCGGCGCAUUCGAGAAACGCCACAGCCUACACAACUGGUCGGGAGGCGCGCAUCCUCCUGGAGUUUGUGAUGCAAAAUGAACCAGCCAGCCCCCUCCAGCUUGCGCUUCUCAACCUGGAUUUCGAGGUUGGACAAGCUCUAUCCCGGUCAGGCAAGGGGCCGGAUACCAACCAUGCCUUUGGGCGUAUGAAAACCACGGUCGAUGACACAGACGGCAAAAGCAAGGCGCCUCCAGCUGCAGCUCCCGCGACGACCGUUCUGUCACUCACCCCAAUUCCCCUGGCAGACAUAGCCCACGUCAUCGGCAUCAGCGACACCAACCGGCUCGUGUUUCUAGACCGCUGCUCGUGGGUCUGCUCCGUGGACCUAGCGGCCUCCGCAUGCGUGGGUGAUAGUCGGCGCCGGCGGCAUCAGGCGGAGGAGGAUGGCGAGUCCGACCCCGUCCCCUCCGCCCCUGCCCCCACUCAGAGGCACUUUUACAUACCAGACGUCUGGUUUGCCGGGUGGGGGUGGAUGAGCUACGUGUCGGCGCUGGCGCAGCGGGACAUUGUGCUCACGAGGGGCGGGAACCUCGCCGUCGUCAGGGGCGGUCUCGAUUACGCUGAAGCAGCACCUUGUGACUAGAAUGGUCGAAGCCUUGGGCCCGAGGAGAUUUGUUGCAGCCUCGGGAGGCAGGCUUGAGAAGGGUCUACGUGCGCACGCCUCGGCGCAUAAGGCUGUAAUUGCCAUGGCGUUGUGCCAUAGCGCCAUGCCAUAAUAACCCCCACUGAUUUCCAUCCCCCUGUUAUGGCGUGGCAUGCCCUGCGUGCAUUUGCAGCCCUGUCU